AUGGUGGAUUUCGUGUACUGCCCAGAAGAUAAUCUGACCUUCGAGGCAUGGUACGAGCGUUACGAGCAGGACAUUUUCACCGCGGGAGCGGCUCAGAUGACGAACGCAGAAAAGGUAUCGCUGCUAACCCAAAAACUCUCAACGUGCGACUAUGAGCAGUUCAAGGCGAAAAUCACACCGGCAACCAAAGCCACGGUCCUGUUCGCGGACGCCGUAAAAGCGCUGAAGCAACAGUUCGGCCGCAAAGACUCGCAGUUCUCAAUCCGCUAUAAAUGCCUGACAAUCCACCAAGGCCCAUCGGAGACCAUCGAAGAAUAUGCAAAUCGUGUCAACCUCAAAUGCAACAAGUUCGACCUUCCACACUUCACCAUCGAAGAUUUGAAGGUACUCACUUUCCUGACAGGCUUAAAAACAGAAAUGUCUCACAUGCGAGAGAAACUUCUAGUGAAAUUGAACGCUGAAGAGAUGACACGUGAAGGGGCAGUGGCAGAAGCAGCAGCAGGUGCAGAUCGUGCAGUCCCAGCUAAGCUUACGCUCAACGACAUGAUCGGUCACAUCAACGCCAUCGACAUGGCUAAGGAGCAGAACGUCUCAAUCACGGACCCGAGAACGCCCCAAACCGAAGUGAUGGCAGUGCAGAACAAGCAACCAUCAAAACAAUUCAAGUCGACGAAACCAAACGUCGAAAACAAGCCCAAAUCCCCCUGCCGUGCUUGCGGAGCCUGGCAUCGUCACCGAGACUGUCCUUUCAAGGGAAAGGAAUGUGGUCACUGCAAGAAGAACGACCACAAGGAGGGUUACUGCGGAUCAUGGGCCGAUUUCAAGAAAUACGUGGAAACUCGUUACCCGCGAGGCACGAACAACCAAAGCAACAAGGUUUCUGUAAUGUCAGUUGCUGCUCGCAAGUUCGUUGAACCGACUAUCGAAGGCAAGAAGCUCAGGCUCCAGAUGGACACAGCCUCGGAUUGGACCAUCAUCUCCAAGGAGAACUGGAAGCAGCUCGACUCACCAGCACUGACUCCCU